AUCUAGAAGUGUACCGAGUUCACAUUGACCUUGUUUAUCUGUGUCUCUUCUCUCUUUUUGUCAGGUACAAGCAUUUCUUACGGGAUCUGUCAGAGAACACGAGUCCAGAUUACCCAGAGUUCCAACCGCUUUCAAGGUCGGUGAAGCUGAUCUCUGAGGUAUCCCAGCGUAUCCAGGACAACGCCCGCAGCCAUGACAACCACCUGCAGCUGCGGCGGGUGCAGAGACUGCUGAAGGGGAGAAAGACCAGGGUGGUAGCUCCAGGACGCUGGUAUCUGCGUGAAGGCUGGCUGCGUACCGUCCCCCCUAAAGGAGCAGAGGUCAAACCCAAGAUGUUCUUCCUGUUCAGUGAUGUCCUUCUCCAAGCCAAGCCCUGCCACCCUCUCCAUCCCACCAACGGAGAUAAGUUUGCUGGCCAGGGAGUCUACCCACUGAAGGACUGUACUGUGGACAAGGUGUUUGGGCACACCCAGAGCCAGGGCGGCCUUCUCAGUUUGACCUUCCCUAAAGCCAAGCUGCUGCUGAUGUCCAGCGAUCAGGAAGAUAUCAACGACUGGUAUUACAGCCUGAGCUCUGCUGUAGGCCAGUUGAAGUCCAGGAACACAGUGGUCCAUCAGAGAGAUGAUCUGGUCAGGAGACCUCUACGCUGCUUUGUAGAGGACCAGAAGAACCAAACUACCCCUUCCACACCACCCACCACCCCAGGGAGGAAGAGGGUGGCCCCCUCCACCCCAGACCCUCCAGACCUACCGCUCCAGCAGAAGCAGAGGGCAGCGCUCCAAGAGGAUGAAGCUGACUGGGGGCCAGCUGAGAGGUGGGUUCGUACAGAAUUGAAUCGCCAGGAAUGUGUGAUCCUGUGA